GUCCUAUUUUUCUCAACCGCCAUCAAUGAGAUCAAAUAUACUGGAAUUUUCCCGGUCUUUUUUAAGCCCAACACGCAGAUCUUAAUUGGGUUUUGUAUUGUCAACAACAAUGAUUUAACAGAUCUUGAAAGGCAGUGCCAGAAACGCUGUAAACCUUUGCCCUGGACUAUCAAAGAGAAAGUAAGCUUAAGCCCUACUCAAGCUAACUUAGUGUAAUAUUAAUUGCAUACAGCAAAAUGGGAGAUAUUUUAUUAGGUUCAUUCACAUAUSAAGCAGAAAGCCUUCCUCAAAAAGCUUUUGAAAUYCUGAAUGAACUGUUUGAGGAGCAAAAACUAUGCGAUGUGUCCCUUCAAGUUGGCGAUCAAAAAAUUAAAUGCCAUCGCGUUGUCCURGCAUCUUGUAGUUCGUACUUUCGUGGAAUGUUUACCAAUGCAAUGCUUGAGUCUUCUCAGGAUGUCAUUUCAAUUCAAGGACUGUCAGASGUGGCUGUGAUUCAAUUGAUUGGUUUUAUAUACACUCGGAAAAUAACGAUUAAUAUUGAAAACAUCGAGGCUCUCCUCACAGCAUCAGCUGUACUUCAACUUGACGAGGUGGUUCGUGCUUGCUGCGAGUUUAUGACAAAGCACCUUCAUCCUUCUAACUGUCUGGAGAUGCGAGCCUUCGCUGAACUGCACGGAUGUUUUGACUUUCUGCAUGUUGCUGAUGACUUUGCCAGGCGUCACUUCACUAAUUUAUCAAACACAGAUAUGUUUUUAAAGCUUUCACCAAAGCAUUUGCUAGAAAUUAUAUCAGGAAAUGACUUGAAUAUCAAGCGUGAAGAACAGGUUUUUGAGGCUGUUAUGAACUGGGYAACCUUUAAGCCAGAUGAGMGGAUUAAUGUCCUUCCUGACCUUCUUGAACAAAUUCGUCUACCUCUUUUGCCUACGAACUAUCUCCUUCGCCAUGUAGAAUGCAAUGAGCACAUUCGGGACAAUAUGAGUUGUCGRAAGUAUUUAGAUGAAGCAAAGAAUUACAAACUAUGCCCUGAAAAUGUCAGCUCUUUUAGAAAUCAACCUAGGAAAUCCACUGCUGGGACGCUCUUUUCUGUUGGGGGCAGAGGAAAGACUGGGGAGCCUUUCCAGUGCAUUGAAUGUUACGACUGGUUCAAUGACACUUGGUUUUCAGUGGCUUCUCUGUCAACACCUCGCCGACAUGUAGCUGUUGCUUCACUCMAUGGAUAUGUUUACGCCAUAGGUGGACAUGAUGGCUUACAGCAUYUAAACUCUGUGGAAUGCUUUGAUCCUGCUAGCAAUCAAUUGUGUGAAGUGGCAGCAAUGAAUACGUAUCGUAGAGGCAUGUCUGCAGCCGUUCUGGAGGGAGUGAUAUAUGUGGCAGGRGGUCUGGAUGAGUCAACUUGUUUUGAUACUGUAGAGAGGUAUGAUGCAGAAAGCAAUGAAUGGAGCAUAGUAAGUCCCAUGCAACAAAAGCGUGGUGGUGUUGGUAUUGCUGGUUUAGGUGGCUACCUCUAUGCUGUUGGUGGAAAUAAUGGAUCUGUGUCAUUACAAUCUGUAGAACGAUACAACCCUCACACUAACAAAUGGUCACCAAUGGCUUCUAUGAACAGGMGGAGAGCAGGAGUAGGUGUGGCUGUCAUUGGACCAUACCUAUAUGCCAUAGGUGGAUUUGAUGAUUCAUCACCUUUGAACUCUGUUGAAAGGUUUGAUCCUUCCACAAAUCAGUGGACCUACAUUGCAAGUAUGACUACCUGCAGGGGUGGGGUAGGGGCUGGUGCUAUGGGUGAGAAUAUUUGGGCUGUAGGAGGCCACAAUGGUUCCCAGUACCUUGGUUCAAUGGAGUCAUACAACCCCAGAGAAGAUAAAUGGGUACUGCAUGCUGAGAUGACCACACCCAGAGCAGGAUCAGGGGUGACUGGAUGCCUGUGUGAUGUCCAAUUACUUCGUAGUAUAAGUACAUUGCAUGGCUGUAAUGCUGGUGAAGAUUUGAAUGAAUGCCAAGAGACUACAGGUAGUGAUGACUUGUAAGAAAUGAUACUAGUAUUACUGUAUCAUAAGUACCAAAUUUCAAGGCAGUCAUAUGAUUUAACAAUUACAUUUGUAGAUCUUGAGGGCAAGUGGACUACGAGCUGAUAUCUCAUAAUCCAUGAGGCCAAGAGAUCUAAUUGUUUUAGUAUUACCAUACUAGUGGGACAAAAACUGAAUUAAAUAUAUAAGUAAUCAAAUUUUUUCUUUUUGCAAAAAAUACGCAAAAAGUUGUCGCUUUUCGCUAGUCAAGGACUAU